AUGUCUGGUCUCACCGUGGGAACAAAUGGUUUACGAUCACUGAAUGUGACAACACCUAAAGAACUCUGUGAUCUCUUAGGUGGAUCACGUGUCAUUAGUAAAAUUCUUAUUGCAAAUAAUGGAAUUGCAGCUGUUAAAUGUAUGCGUUCAAUUCGACGUUGGUCUUAUGAAAUGUAUCGGCAUGAACAUACAAUAAAAUUUGUUGCCAUGGUAACACCAGAAGAUAUGAAAGCAAAUGCUGAAUAUAUUCGAUAUGCUGAUCAUUACGUGAAUGUGCAAGGUGGUCCAUCACAUAUGAAUUAUUCAAAUUGUGAACUUAUUCUUGAUAUUGCUAAACGAUUUCUUGUUGAAGCUGUUUGGGCUGGAUGGGGUCAUGCAUCAGAGAAUCCAAGAUUACCUGAAUUACUUCAUCGUCAUGGAAUAAUAUUUAUAGGUCCAUCAGAACAAGCUAUGUGGGCAUUAGGAGAUAAAAUAGCUUCAACAAUUAUUGCACAAAGUGCUAAUGUACGAACAUUACCAUGGAGUGGUUCUCAUCUUAAACUUGAUUGGAAUGAAAAAGAUCAUGAACAUAUUCAUGUCCCAAUGGAUAUAUAUGAAAAAGCUUGUGUUACAGAUGCAAAAGAAGGUGUAGAAAUUGCAAGUCGCAUUGGUUUUCCAGUUAUGAUUAAAGCAUCUGAAGGUGGCGGAGGAAAAGGAAUACGAAAAGCAACAAAUCGUGAUGAAUUUGAGACUUUUUUUCGACAAGUUCAAACGGAAGUUCCAGGUUCACCAAUAUUUUUAAUGAAAUAUGCACAUAGUUGCAGGCAUUUGGAAGUACAAAUUCUUGCUGAUCAAAGUGGACAAGCUAUAUCAUUAUUUGGUCGAGAUUGUUCAAUUCAACGACGACAUCAAAAAAUCAUUGAAGAAGCGCCAGCUAUAAUAGCACCACCAGAAAUUCUCGAACAAAUGGAAAAAGCAGCAGUACGUUUAGCAAAAAUGGUUGGUUAUGUUAGUGCUGGUACAAUUGAAUAUCUAUAUAAUCCAAGUGAUCAAACAUUUUUCUUUCUUGAACUUAAUCCACGAUUACAAGUUGAACAUCCUUGUACUGAAAUGAUUACAGAUGUUAAUUUACCUGCAUGUCAAUUACAGAUUGCUAUGGGUAUAAGUUUACAUCGAAUAAAAGAUAUUCGUUUAUUGUAUGAUGAAGAUCCAUUUGAUACAACACCAAUAGAUUUUGAUAAUCCACGUAAUAAACCUCAACCACGUGGUCAUGCAAUUGCAGCGCGUAUAACAAGUGAAAAUCCUAAUGAAGGUUUUAAACCAAGUUCAGGAACUGUUGAAGAAUUAACAUUUCGUAGUCGACAAAAUGUUUGGGGUUAUUUUAGUAUAUCAUCAUCUGGUGGUUUACAUGAAUUUGCUGAUUCACAAUUUGGACAUGUUUUUUCACAUGGUGAAACUCGAGAAGAUGCUCGAGAAAAUCUUGCUGUUGCAUUAAAAGAAUUAUCAAUUCGUGGAGAUUUUCAUUCGACUGUGGAAAUCUUAAUAUGUUUACUUGAAACUGAUGAUUACGUAAAUAAUACAGUACAAACAAGUUGGCUUGAUGGUUUAAUUGCUCAACAUUUUCAAACAGAAAAACCCAAUAUUAUGUUAUCAAUUGUUUGUGGUGCUAUACAUGUAGCAGAUGAAAUAUUUCGAAAUAAUUUUCAAAAUUUUCGAUCUUCACUAGAACGUGGUCAGAUAUUACCAAUGAAUACUCUAUCGAUCUCACACCAAGUUGAACUUAUUUACGAACAUAUUAAAUAUAAAUUACAAGUCACACAAUGUGGUCCAAGUUGUUUUUUUGUUCUUAUGAAUGAUUCAUAUGUAGAAUUAGAAGCUAAUCGAAUGAAGGAUGGUGGAAUAUUGCUUAACUUAGAUGGUGCAAGUUAUUUAACUUUUAUGAAAGAAGAAGUUGAUAGUUAUAGAAUUAUUGUUAAUAAUAAAACUUGUGUAUUUCAAAAAGAGAAUGAUCCAUCAAUCUUGAGAUCACCUUCAGCGGGAAAACUUCUUCAUUUUACUAUAGAAGAUGGUGGUGCAAUAGAAGCAGGUCAAGUUUACGCAGAACUUGAAGUGAUGAAAAUGGUUACUGAACUUCGAUGUCCAUUAAAAGGACAUCUUCAAUGGAAUAAACGUCCUGGUGCUAUACUUAAUGCAUCAUGUAUUCUUGCUCGUAUUAUUCUUGAUGAUUCUCAACAAGUUCAACAACCAGAAUUAUAUAAUGGUAAAUUUAAUUUUGAAAUUUCAAAUCAUUUAACAAGUACAAAAUUAAAUCAAAUAUUUCAAACAAUCAAAGGUUCAUUAGAAAAUAUUCUUGCUGGUUAUUCAUAUCCUGAACUAUAUUUGCGUGAAAGACUUAAAUCAAAUGUUGAAACAUUAUUUUCUAUUUUACGUGAUCCAUCAUUACCAUUACUUGAAGUUGAAGAUAUUUUAUCAAAUAUAUCUGAACGUAUACCAAAAGAGGUUGAAAAAGAAAUUAAAAAAAUAAUGAAAAAUUAUCAUAGUAAUUUAACAUCGGUGUUAGUACAAUUUCCAUCACAAUCUAUUGCAUCAGUUAUUGAUAAUUAUGCAACAAAAUUAGAACAACGAAAUGAUCGAGAUUCAUUUUUUACAACAAUACAAAGUCUUUUACAAUUAGUACAAUGUUAUCGUAAUGGUAUAAAAGGACAUAUGAAAGCAGUUAUAACAGAUUUAAUAAGAAAUUAUUUAAAUAUUGAAACAUUAUUUCAAUAUGGACAAUAUGAUAAAUGUUUAACAUUAUUACGUGAUAAACAUAAAAUUGACAUGUCUAAAGUUGUUGAAAUUAUUUUUUCACAUGCAAAUUAUAAUUCAAAAAAUACACUCGUUAUCAUGUUAAUUGACUUAUUAUUUGAACGUGAUCCAACAUUAACAGAUGAAUUAACAGCAUUAUUAAGUGAAUUAACAUUAUUAACACAUACAAAUAAUGCAAAAGUUGCAUUAAAAGCAAGACAAGUAUUAAUUGAAUUUCAACAACCACCAUAUGAAUUAAGACAUAAUCAAAUGGAAUCAAUUUUUUUAAGUGCUAUCGAUAUGUAUGGACAUAAAUUAUGUCAAGAGAAUAUUCAAAAAUUAAUUUCAUCGGAAACAAGUAUACUUGAUGUUUUACAUAGUUUCUAUUUUCAUUCCAAUGUUCAAGUACGUCAAGCAGCACUUGAAGUUUAUGUUCGUCGUUCUUAUAUAUCAUAUGAUUUAAAUAGUAUUCAACAUCGAUUUUUGUCGGAUGGUACUUGUGCUGUUCAAUUUGCAUUACAUCUUCCACUUAAUCAUCCUAACCGAUUAUUUGAACAUGGAAAUAUGGGACGAGUUGCUAGUUUUAGUGAUGAUUUAACACAUUUGAAUAAUACUGAUUCAGAUUUAUUCCAACGUAUGGGUAUAUUAGCUGCUUUUGAUAGUUGGGAGCGUGCAAAAAGUUCAUUUGACGAAUUAUUAUCACCAUUUUCUCCAACAGAUUCUGAUGAUUUAUCAUCCAUUACUGAAAGUAGACCUAUACGUGCAUAUGGUCGACAAUAUUCAUGUGAUAGUCCUUCAAUACGAAUACAUAAUAAUAGAAUUGAUGAAGCAGUUAAUUUAAUAUAUGUAUUUAUUAAAGAUGAUGGUAAUGUUCAACAAAAUUUAAAAUUUGAAGAUGUUUUUCUUGAUUUUAUACAAUCUAAACGUGAAGUUUGUAAAGCAAAAAAUAUUCGUCGAAUAACAUUUUCUCUUGGAGCUAAACGUCAAUUUCCUGUGUAUUAUACAUAUCGAAAACGAAUAAAUUUUCAAGAAGACAAAAUUUAUCGAAAUUUAGAACCGGCACUUGCUUAUCAACUUGAAGUUUAUCGUUUACGUUCAUUUGAUUUAGAAUUUGUACCGACAUCAAAUCAUAAAACACAUAUUUAUCUAGGCAAAGCAAAAGUUCAUAAUAAACAACAUGAUGCUGUUGAUCAUAGAUUUUUUGCACGUUCAAUUAUUCGUCAUUCUGAUUUUAUAACUAAAGAAGCAAGUUAUGAAUAUUUAAAAAAUGAAGCUGAAAGAACAUUACUUGAAGCAAUGGAUGAAUUAGAAAUAGCAUUUUCACAUCCAUUAGCAAAUAAAACUGAUUGUAAUCAUGUUUUUAUGUGUUUUGUACCAACUGUUUGUAUUGAACCAGCUAAACUUGAAGAAAGUGUUCGUACUAUGGUACUUCGUUAUGGCAUUCGUCUAUGGAAACUUCGAAUUCUUCAAGCUGAAUUAAAAAUGACAAUACGUAUAACACCUGAUUCUGAACGAAUACCAUUUCGAGUAUUUUUAACAUAUGAAAGUGGUUAUUAUCUUGAUAUAUCUCUUUAUCGUGAGGUAACCAAUCAAGCAACAGGCCAAACAAUAUUUCAAUCAUACACUCUUGGUAAAACAGGUCCAUUAGAUGGUCGUGCAUUACAUGAUCCAUAUGUAACUAAAGAUCAUUUACAAUAUAAACGUUUUACUGCUCAAUCAAAUAAUACAACAUAUGUUUAUGAUUUUCCUGAAAUGUUUCGACAAGCAUUACUAUUAAUAUGGAGACAAUAUUUAGAUAGAAAUAAACUUAAAGAAAAUGCAAUACCAAAAGAAGUUUUUAUUUAUCAAGAACUUAUACUUGAUACAUCAAAUCAAGUAAAUCUUAAUGAUUCAACAUCUUUAUUAUCACCAAUUAAGAUUUCAUCAUCGCCAACAUCUAGUUCAUUAAAAACAUCUCCAAAUAAUAUUAAUAAAUCAAAUGAAUAUCUUAAACAAUGUGGUCUAGUAACACGUACACGUUCACCAGCAGAAAAUGAUUGUGGUAUUGUUGCAUGGCAUAUUCACAUGAAAACACCUGAAUGUCCAUCUGGUCGUACAAUAAUUGUUAUUGCUAAUGAUAUAACACAUAAAAUUGGUUCAUUUGGUAUUGAAGAAGAUUUAUUAUUUCAACGUGCAUCAGAAUUAUCCCGUUUAGAACGUGUACCACGUAUUUAUAUAGCAGCAAAUAGUGGUGCACGUAUUGGUCUUGCUGAAGAACUUAAAUUUCUUUAUCGUAUUGCAUGGAAUGAUCCAAAAGAUAUUGAUAAAGGUAUACAAUAUUUAUAUUUAACAUCAGAUGAUUAUUCACGUGUAUCACAUCUGAAUUGUGUACGAACAGAAAGUAUUCAUCAUGAUGAUGGUGAAAUAAGAUAUAAAAUAACUGAUAUUAUUGGAAAAGAAAAUAGUAUAGGUGUAGAAAAUUUACGUGGUUCAGGUAUGAUUGCUGGUGAAACUUCAUUUGCAUAUAAUCUCGUUCCAACAAUUAGUCUAGUUACAUGUCGAGCAGUUGGUAUUGGUGCUUAUCUUGUUCGAUUAGGUUCUCGUGUAAUACAAGUUGAAAAUUCUCAUAUAAUAUUAACCGGUGCUGCUGCACUUAAUAAAGUUCUUGGUAGAGAAGUUUAUAAUAGUAAUAAUCAAUUAGGUGGUAUACAAAUUAUGUAUAAUAAUGGUGUUACACAUGAUGUUGUUAAAGAUGAUUUUGAUGGAUGUUUACUUAUACUUCGAUGGCUUUCUUAUAUGCCUGAAACAAUGCUUCAUUCACCACCGAUCUUAUCAGAAUUGCAUGAUCCAAUUGAUCGUCUAAUUGAUUUUAUACCUUCAUCAACACCAUAUGAUCCAAGACAUAUGAUUCAAGGAGGAUUAUUUACUUCUGCACAUCAAAUAAAUCAUAACAAUGAUAUAGAUGUAUCGCAUACAACAACAUUUCUAUCGGGUUUUUUUGAUCGAGAUUCAUUUAUAGAAAUAAUGAAAGGUUGGGCAAAGACUGUUGUUUGUGGUCGAGCUCGUCUUGGUGGAAUUCCCAUGGGUGUUAUUGCUGUUGAAACUCGUACAGUUGAAUUAGAACAACCAGCUGAUCCAGCUAAUUUUGAUUCCGAUGCACGUACUAUUCAACAAGCUGGUCAAGUGUGGUUUCCUGAUUCAGCAUUUAAAACAGCACAAGCAAUUAAUGAUUUUAAACGUGAAAAUUUACCAUUAAUGAUAUUUGCUAAUUGGCGUGGUUUUAGUGGUGGAAUGAAAGAUAUGUAUGAUCAAAUAAUUAAAUUUGGCGCUUAUAUUGUUGAUGCUUUACGUACAUAUGAUCAACCUGUAUUUAUUUAUAUUCCACCACAUGGUGAAUUGCGUGGUGGAGCUUGGGUUGUUGUUGAUCCAACAAUUAAUUUACGUUAUAUGGAAAUGUAUGCUGAUCGUAUGAGUCGUGGUGGUGUACUUGAACCUGAAGGUACUGUUGAAAUAAAAUAUCGUACUAAAGAUCUUUUACGUACAAUACAUCGACUUGAUAAUAUUUGUCGAGAAUUAAAAACAAAUAUAAGUUUAUGUACAACAACAACAAAUGCAAUGAAAGAAGAUUUAGAGAGACAAUUAGCUGAAAAAGAAAAAUAUUUAUUACCUAUGUAUCAACAAGCUGCUGUUAUGUUUUGUGAUUUACAUGAUACACCAGGUCGAAUGUUAGAAAAGGGUGUUAUUCGAGAAAUACUUGAUUGGCAAACAAGUCGAGAAUUUUUUUAUUGGCGUUUAAAACGUCGUUUAGAAGAAGAUAAUGCAAUUAAAACAAUUCUAACGGCUAAUCCUUCAUUAGAUUAUCAUGAUGCAUUAAAGUAUCUUCAACAAUGGUUUAGUGAAGAUAAACAAGAUAAUACUCUUCAAUGGACAAAAGAUAGAGUGGUCGUUCAAUGGUUUAACGAAUUUAAUAGUUCUUCAUUAAUUCAUGAUCGCAUAAAAAAACUACAAAAACAAUAUGCCCUUGAAGAUAUUUGUCGAAUAUUCGACAUGCAUCCUGAUCUUUUAUCAGAUAUAGUCGAACAAUCGAAAGAUGAGCAAUGUCUCAAAUUAAUUAAAAUAUUGAAUAGUAAAAAUAAUUAG